AUGCAGGUUAAAAGCCAGAUUUGCACAGAGAGAAGCAGCACCACGGACGACCCGGAGCAGGGUGACAAUCAGAAGAAGACCUCCUGUUUUUCCAACAUUAAGAUUUUCCUGGUGGCGGAAUGUGCGCUCAUGCUGGCACAGGGCACCGUUGGCGCAUAUCUGGUAAGUGUUCUGACCACCCUGGAAAGACGUUUCAACCUCCAAAGUGCCGAUGUGGGCGUCAUCGCCAGCAGUUUUGAAAUCGGCAACCUGGCCCUCAUCCUGUUCGUCAGCUACUUUGGCGCUAAGGCCCACCGGCCACGGCUCAUUGGCUGUGGGGGGAUUGUCAUGGCAUUGGGGGCACUGCUGUCAGCUCUGCCAGAGUUUUUGACUCACCAGUAUGAGUACGAAGCGGGGGACUCUUGGCACACCGAGGAUGGCAGGGACAUCUGUUCCAAUAAAACCAGGUCUGAGAACCGAGACUCUGGGUUUAACUGCAGCAACCGAUCCAACACCAACAUGAUGUACCUUCUGCUGAUCGGAGCGCAGGUUCUGCUCGGUAUUGGGGCUACCCCUGUCCAGCCUCUGGGGGUGUCUUAUAUCGAUGACCACGUCCACAAAAAGGACUCUUCAUUGUAUAUAGGUAUCUUAUUUUCCACAUUAGUUUUCGGCCCAGCUUGUGGCUUCAUCCUAGGUUCCAUCUGUACCAAAGUCUACGUUGAUGCUGUUUUCAUCGACACCAGUAAACUGGACAUCACCCCAGACGACCCUCGCUGGAUCGGGGCAUGGUGGGGCGGCUUCCUCCUCUGCAGUGCCUUACUCUUCGUGUCGGCCCUCUUUAUGUUCGGUUUCCCCCAAGCGCUGGACGAGCAGGACAUGGACGCUCGAGGGGAGAGCGAGCAAGCCAUGCUGCCUACUUCGUUAAGCCAUGAGAGCCAGGACUCUAAAUCCAACGGAGAGUUUCGUGGCUUCGAAAUGAACAGCGGACUCUCAGUCUGGGAGCAUCUGAGAUUGAUCCCUCGGGUAACCAGGCACCUUCUCUCCAACCCUGUGUUCAGCUGCAUUACACUGGCAGCCUGCAUGGAGAUAGCUGUGGUUGCAGGCUUUGCUGCGUUCCUGGGGAAAUACCUGGAGCAGCAGUUUAACCUCACCACCUCCUCAGCCAAUCAGCUGUUAGGUAUGACAGCUAUCCCCUGUGCCUGUUUGGGUAUCUUCCUCGGGGGGCUUCUGGUUAAGAAGCUGAACCUUUCCGCUCUGGGGGCUGUCCGCAUGGCCAUGCUGGUCAACCUGGUGUCCACGGCUUGUUACGUGUCUUUCCUCUUCUUGGGCUGCGACACGGGGCCUGUCGCUGGGGUUACAGUCGCCUACAACAAUGAGACACUGCAGUCAAAGAAACAACCAGAGUCCGCCUGCAACAGUAACUGUAACUGUUACACGGCGUCAGUGAGUCCAGUCUGUGGCUCCAAUGGAGUCACCUACAUCUCAGCCUGCUUUGCUGGCUGCACCAAACCAAACCUGAGCAGCUGUUGGUGUAUAUCCAGCCUCAGCGACGAGAACGUGGCUUUACCGGGGAAGUGCCCCAGCCCCGGAUGUCAGCGUGCAUUCCUCACCUUCCUCUGUGUUAUCUGUGUAUGCAGCAUGAUCGGAGCCAUGGCUCAGACACCCUCUGUCAUCAUCCUCAUCAGAACUGUAAACCCAGAGCUUAAAUCCUACGCUCUUGGAGUUCUUUUCCUCCUCCUGAGGCUGAUCGGCUUCAUCCCUCCCCCUCUGAUCUUCGGAAUGGGGAUCGACUCCACCUGUCUGUCCUGGAGCUCCGUCUGCGGCGAGAAGGGCGCCUGCAUGCUUUACGACAACGUGGCCUACAGGCAUCUGUACGUCAGCAUCGCCAUCGUGCUGAAGUCCUCCGCGUUCCUCCUGUACGCCACCACGUGGCAGUGCCUGAAAAACAACUACAGGAGGUACAUCAAGAACAACGAGGGCUACCUCACCCCUAAUGAACUUUUCGCUUCUAAUGUGACUCUGGACAAUUUGGGUAAGGAGAUUACCCAGAACCCAAGGAACAGGACAAAAUUUAUAUACAACCUAGAAGACCAGGAGACCAGUGACAACAUGGAGUCGGUUUUAUAG